CGCUGGACCAAGCGGUGCGUCGCGCUUCCACGCAGCUCCGCCGCCGCCGCGCCCCCUUCCCCUUCUCCCUCACCUCGCCGCCCCCACGGACCACGCCAAUGGCCGCCGCCGCCUCGGUGCCCUAGACUCGCGUUGCCCGCCGCUCCGAGCGAGCCCAGAUGCUCUCCCUGGGCGCCAUUCGCAAGCUCUGCGCCGCCUUCGACGCCGUCGCGCUCACAGUCAUCGCCGCGGGGCUCUCUCGGCCGCCCUCUGGCCGCCACCCAUUCUCCUCCGCGCACGCGCACUCCCCGUAUCCCGCCGACUUCCCCACCAUCGCGGCCUGCCGCGCCGCAGUCUCCGCCUCCAAGGGCAGCAGCCGCAGCAGCAGCCGUCGCCGCCAGCCGUCCCCCUCCCCCUCAUCCUCCCCCGCCGCCGCCGCCAAGGAGGAGGAGCAGCCGGUGCUGGUCAGGAUCAAGCACGAGCGGGACCCGGAGCGGCUGUACGAGCUGUUCAGGGCCAAUGCGCACAACCGCCUGCUGGUGGAGAACCGCUUCGCGUUCGAGGACACGGUGGCGCGCCUGGCAGGUGCUCGACGGAAUGAUCUCGUGGAGGAGAUCCUCGAGCAGCAUAAGGCGCUGCCCCAGGGGAGGCGCGAAGGGUUCGUAGUCAGGAUCAUCGGCCUCUACGGGAAGGCCGGGAUGCCGGACCACGCUCUGCGAACAUUCCAGGAGAUGGGGAUGUACGGAUGCCCGCGCACAGCCAAGUCCCUCAAUGCCGCCAUGAAGGUUCUGAUACGAGCACGGCUCUUUGAUGAGGCCCUGCGGCUGUUUGAGGAGGGAUCAGAGAAGUAUGGCGUUGAUCUGGAUGACAUCUCGUAUAACACGGUGGUGAAGAUGUUUUGCGACAUGGGGGAAUUGCGUGCAGCUUACCGGGCUAUGCAGAUGAUGGAGGAGGCAGGUGUGCGACCAGAUGUCAUCACGUACACGACGCUCAUGGCUGCGUUUUAUAAGUACGGCCAGCGUGAGGUUGGGGAUGGUUUGUGGAACCUCAUGAGGCUGAGGGGUUGCAACCCAACACUUACUAGCUACAAUGUGAGGAUCCAAUUCCUGAUUAACAGGAGAAGGGGCUGGGAGGCAAAUGAUUUGGUGCGGAAAAUGUAUGCAGCAGGGAUCAAACCAGAUGAGAUCACAUACAAUCUAAUUAUCAAGGGUUUCUUCAUGAUGGGUGAGCAUGAGAUGGCCACGACGGUGUUUGGUGCUAUGCAUGGGAGAGGAUGCAAGCCAAACAGUAAGGUUUACCAGACAAUGGUCCAUUACCUCUGUGAGAAAAGGGACUUUGAUUUGGCAUUCAGGUUUUGCAAGGAUAGCAUGGAGAAGAACUGGUUUCCCAGUGUUGAUACUAUUAACCAGCUGUUGAAAGGCCUCAUGGCAAUCUCAAAGGAUAGGAAUGCGAGAGAGAUAAUGAAGUUGGUUACUGGGAGAAAACCUUCGUAUUCAGAUGAUGACAUAAUGGUCUUCAAAGACAUAUUGUCUCAUGGAAAGGCUGGAAGAUAAGUUGGUGAUUGGAUUGGAAAUUUUGCUGUAAAUUGACCACAUGUAACUGUAAGGCUGUUUUUGACAUUCUUUUAUCACUUUGUUUUCACAGUCAAGUUGAAAUGAGGUAGAUCAAGGGGUUUUGAAUAAUGAAUCAUCUUUUCAGACUCCUCAUAUAUCAAUUGUUUCUGCUUAAAAGAACUUGUUGUAAGUUAUAGAGAGCCUUUACCUCUAGCAGAAAUAUAACAGAUGGCAAAGACUUUAAGAGCUGAAGAUUAUAUAUUAUACUUUU